UGUUAUCAUUAAAAAAAUAAUGUCGAUUUUGUUGAGAAUGGACGAAAAAUGAAAGAAACUACAAACUAAUUAGUAAUUACUAUUUAUUAAGAAAAAUUAAGAAAACGAAUGCAAUUUUCCCGCGAAACAUGCGUAUCUUUUUCCAUGGAUCAAAAAGUGUAAUCCAUGAAACAGUUGGUGAGAGAAUACUAGAAAACUGUUCAAGUUUUUGUGAUGGCAUCCAUAGAACAAUUUUCUUCUUGUUUGGAUUCCACGAUCGUAAAACUAUUGAAAGACAGAAAUAUCAAAUCAGUAGCUGAUUUUCUUCAAGAAAAACCGGAAAAUAUUGCCAAGAUUACGAAACUGAAUUUUAAGGAUGUAUUGGAGAUCAAACAAAAACUAUUAGUCUCGUUUCAAAGUAAUUUCCAUGGAGCGUGUUCUUUACUGACGAAAAGCAUCGAUAAUAGCUUCGUAUUAAUUUCUGGAAUUGAAGAGAUUGACACUCUGUUGAACGGUUUUAAAUCUGGAAUCAUUUAUGAAAUGUGUGGUUUAUCGGGAAGUGGAAAAACACACACUUGUUUGUCUCUCGCAGCGAAUACAGCGAUAAAAGCAAAAUGUGUUUAUUAUAUCGAUACGAAAGGAGAUUUUAGUGCAAUUAAAUUGAAACAAAUUAUUAGUAAAACGCAUUCUUCCAAGAAGGAUAUAAUGGCUUGUUUGGAAAGAAUCAGAGUUACCACAGUUUAUACUUUAUAUGAAGUUAUAUCUGCUCUACAUUGGUUGAAAAAUCAGUUGUUAUACGAUAGCGUGCCUCUGAUUAUAAUCGAUUGUUUAUCUACAGCUUAUUUUUUAUCCGUCGGCGCUGAUAAACUAAUAGGUUUGGGUUUAUUGAAUCAUAUUGCUAAUUUGAUAAAGUUCAUAGCGAUAGAACAUCACGUUGUCAUAGUGAUCACAAAUUUGGCUACCAAAGAUUUCAAAAAUAAUGACGUUGUUCUUCGACGAAAUACCAAACCGUGUUUAGGAAAGUACUGGCUUCAUGUUGCCAAUUACAGGUUGAACUUCAAGAAAGAAAACAACUUAAUUCAAGUAUCUUUAGAUGAAGAUUCUGUGUUAGGUGACAAUACCACUUGUAAUAUAAAUAUAAUAUAAUUAAAUGUAAAUAAAUACAAUUCUUAUUAUGAAAAAAGUU